AUGGACGUCUUCCUGCAGCUAUGCUUCCCCAGCAUAGAUCGGGAGGAGGUAUUCGCUACUUUCACAGAGACUCGCCUGAAGGAGUUGCUGCACUUAUUAAACCCUGUCGAACCCGGGGACAAGGAGAGCACUAGGGAAUGGAGUGCUAAUAAUGAACAUCCGACAUUAAAUGGCGAUCCCACCUUUCCCCGCCUGGCGGCGUACAACGCCUUACUUGAGGUUGGAAAGCCCCGAAAUAGGGCUUGUACUCCUGCCCCUGAGGUAUGGGUUGACUAUGAAAACAGCGAGGCCGAGCAGUGGACACAUGCGCUGGGCAUUAUAGAAGUAAAGCCGGAAAAGGACAAAGAUCCAGGCUUUAACAACGCCGUCUCGAAACACCAUAAAUACGAGCAAGUCCAAGCGUGGAAUGAGAUCCAGCAAUAUGGUUCUGUCGCUUUCAGGGCUGUGCCGAGAUGCUACAUGCUUGGAAUAGGUUUCUACGACGACGUCGCCCGAUUCUACCGAUGGGACCGCUCGGCAGUCAUAUUUUCGGAAUCAUUCCACUACAAAAGCGACGUCAAACCUCUCGUUCAGUUCUUGCAUGCGCUGGGGACGUUCGGAAACAAGACUAUGGGCGCUGACUCCUCGAUUACGACCGGCGUGCCUGAUAAUUUCCCUCUGACCCUCCUACGGCGGAUAUAUCACAAGGCUAUCGAAGACGGCGUUGUCAAGUACGACUCCAAGUGCACAGAGAGUAAUCUGCCCUCUCGUAGCUCCCACAUGGCAGUGCCCGCCAGCCCUAGCUUUGAAGGGCCAGAAAACUGUGUUACUCUGGGCGGUCCCCUCUUCAGCUCGCGGUCUCUUUUAGGUCGCGGAACCACGGCCUGGUUGGCCUUAUCGGCCACAGCCGCCGAGUCAACCUCGUCAGUCGGUAAAGAGAUUCGUCAGUGCUUUGUAGUCAAAGAUUCCUGGCGCGAGGAGGGUCGUCUGCCUGAGCACAAGAUUUACGAGCGGAUCCACCAGAAGGGUCAUAUCUUCGGUGUCGCCCGGUGCCGAGGAGGAUUUGACAUCGACUCAGUAGUACACGAGGAAGAGAAACGGAACCAUACUACUUUUACUCAGAGGAUCAGGUUGUUCUUGCCUGAGGCCAAGUUCUCCGCUCGUAUACACUAUCGAUGCGUUCUUGAUUCGAUUGGUAUUCCCUUGAGCCGGUUUCCCUCGACUCGUCAGUUAGUCAAGGCCGUGAGGGACGCAGUCAAAGGUCUUUGCGACAUGGCCAAGGCUGGAAUCCUCCAUCGUGAUAUCAGCGCCAGUAACAUCAUGAUCAGUGCGUCUCGAAAGGAGGAGCACGAAGCUUGGGGAUUUCUCAUUGACCCUGAGUACGCCUACUUUCUGUACGACGAGCAAUACAGGUCCGACCUUCUUCGGAUUACGGGGACUAUCCAGUUCAUCUCUUUAGGCCUCCAAAAUAAGUCACAUGGUGUCGAACAUAGAUCAUGGCAUGACCUCGAAUCAGUCUACUGGGUUGUCCUUCACACGCUAGUAUGCCAUGCUAACACAAACAUCACGCCCGAACGUGUACACAGAAUCUUUGACGAUGAGGAAGGACUCGGCAAGCACGGGUGGAUUAGUGCUGGACUCUGGAACACCGUGGAGGUCACUGAUCAUCCGCCGCUUACCCAAUGUCUCCGCGAGCUAGGCCGACUUGUCCACAGCCACCACCAGCCCGCGCAGGAUAAGAACCUUCUAACUCAUGAACUCGUCUUGAAGGCGUUAGAAGAUGCACUUCGUGCUGAGGACUGGCCAAAGGCGGACCCGGCCGCACUCGAAUUCGAGCCAUGCAACAACCCGACGAAGCCAAGGAAUUUGGAUACGUCGGAGAUGGUUUCUUCUGAUAUGCGGUGUGAGAAAGCCAUCCGCGUCUUAGAUGUCAUUGCCAGCGAGUCAAAGCAAAGUGUUUCGCGUAAGCGCAAGGCCGGCGAUGAUAUAGAGGUACAGGUCGAAGCUCAGUCCACCGGCAGCAAACGAAGCCGUGUCUAG